CUCUCUCUCUCUCUCUCUCUCUCUCUCUCUCCCCCCUCUUCGUCUCCGUCGUCGCAAUGCGCUCCUCCUCCGUUCUCUUGCUUCCGCAUCUCAACCCAAUUACCACCUCUAUAAGACCUAGAAAUCUCGCUCUGCAUAAGCUUUCCCCCUCGCUCAAAGGGUUUCGAGUCGCCGCUGUUGAGAACAAGCCCUCACCUUCGCCAUUGGGAUCAAAAUCGGAGCCCCCCAAAACCCUAGGGGCGGAUGGAGAGGUGGAUUACGUUGAAGGAGGAGUCGGCGAAGGCGGAGGCGGAGGCGGAGGUGUUGAUCUUGGGUGGUUGCCGGCUUUUCCUCACGCGCUCACGGCCUCCAUGGCGAAUUUCCUCUUCGGGUAUCACAUUGGGGUAAUGAAUGGCCCUAUUGAAAAUAUUGCACGAGAGCUUGGUUUUGAAGGAAAUUCCUUUCUUGAAGGUCUUGUGGUGAGCAUCUUUAUUGUUGGUGCAUUUAUUGGAAGCAUAAGCUCAGCUUCGUUGAUCGAUAAGUUUGGUUGCAAACGCACGCUUCAAAUAGAUACAAUUCCAUUGAUCCUUGGGGCACUAAUAAGUGCCCAAGCACAUUCUUUGGAUGAAAUGCUUUGGGGAAGAUUUCUUGCUGGCCUCGGGAUUGGUGUAAAUACUGUACUUGUUCCACUAUAUAUUUCUGAGGUUGCCCCAACAAAGUAUAGAGGUUCUUUGGGUACUCUUUGUCAAAUUGGGACGUGUUUAGGAAUAAUUGCGUCACUGGCCUUAGGGAUUCCUUCUGAAAGUGAUCCACAUUGGUGGAGAACAAUGCUCUAUACUGCAUGUGUCCCUGGCCUUAUUAUUAUGUUAGGCAUGCAGUUUGCCGUUGAGAGUCCCCGCUGGCUUUGUAAGGUAGGAAGAUUAGAUGAUGCUAGAAAAGUAGUUGGAAGACUGUGGGGUAUGUCAGAAGUUGAGAAGUCCAUUGAAGAAAUUAAAUCUGUUGUUGAAAAUGAUGGUGCAGAGAGUAGCUGGUUGGACCUUCUGGAGGAGCCCCACAAAAGAGUUGCCUUUAUCGGAGGAUCCCUUUUCUUACUACAACAAUUUGCUGGAAUAAAUGGGGUUCUUUACUUCUCUUCCUUAACCUUUCAAGAUGUGGGAAUCAGUAGUAGUGCUUUGGCUAGCUUAUUUGUCGGAAUCACCAACUUAGGAGGAGCAUUAGUUGCUUCAUACCUGAUGGAUAAACAAGGAAGGAAGAAACUUUUGAUCGGAAGCUACCUCGGAAUGGCAUUUUCAAUGUUUCUUAUCGUUAGUGCCAUUAGUUUUCCACUAGAUGAAGGAUCGAGCCACAUCCUAUCAAUAAGUGGAACUCUCAUGUAUAUUUUCACAUUUGCCUUAGGCGCUGGGCCAGUUACAGGUAUUAUAAUACCAGAGCUGAGCAGUGCCCUUACACGUUCAAAGAUCAUGGGUUUUAGCUUCUCCGUACACUGGGUCUGCAACUUUUUAGUCGGACUGUUUUUUCUAGAACUGGUAGACAAGUUUGGAGUUGGGUCAGUCUACGCAGCAUUUGGAGGGGUCUCUUUGUUGACGGCCGUGUUUGCCAUGUAUUUCAUAGUCGAAACACAAGGGCGUUCUCUUGAGGAAAUAGAAAUGUCUUUGAGCCCUAGUUUCACGAAGGAUCAAAAGUAGAACAGUCGUCGGCGCUUCCUGAAAUCAAAGCAUUAUUUUUACAUCAAAGUAGCCUGAAAUCAAAGCAUUAUUGUUACAGCAAAGUUGCAAAUAAGGCGCUACCUGAAAUCAAAGCAUGAAAUCAAAGCAUUAUUGUGACGACAAAGUAGUGAAUAAGAAUCGCUCGCAGAAGGUUUAUCAGGUUGCAAGAACAACACAUUAUUCAAAACAUUGCUGUGCAUCAUGUCCACUUACUUCUGUGUCCAGAUAUGAGCAAUUUAUAGCAGCUUCUGCAGCUUGCACCCCGAUUCAUAGCUAAUGAGCAAUAGCAUGUAUAUCAGCUCUAUUCAAGUGACAAAGAGCAACAUCGAUGAUCUUGUGUCCCCCCAAUGGUUUCCGGAAUUUAUGUUGUCAAGGAUGUAUACAAAAUGCUUUGUAAUAUAUUUGCAUUUGUUUAUUCGGGAACAUGUGUUAUGCGUACUUGGGGAAAUAGUAAUUUUCUUAAUAAAGCAUUACAACAAUUUUGUAAAUAUUAACUCGCUAGUUAAUUUAAGUUGGAGAUUUAGGUA